AUGGUUGGAGUCUCUCGUCUGGGCUAUUUUUGCUGGAUGGGUUGCCUGGCUUUUUCUCCUGAAAUUCCUUUGCUGGAAACGGAGGACCGUGAAAGCUUUCUGCGGUUAGAAUGUUUCCGCCGAGAAGACCUGUGUUUCUCGUCUUGUUCUAUAGUGUCUAAUAGGCGAAGGCGCGAUGAGUGUGAGAGUGUUUUUUUGAGCGAAGAAGCGCAGAGAAUUGAUCUGGUUACUUUCACGUGCGUCUUUCAAAAGCAGCGGAUAGAUGUGGGGGUCUCAACUCAGAAAGAGAGGAGAGCGCUGCUCAAAGUGAUUCGUGCUGAGUAA